GCACUAUCACCUUUUACCACUCUAACCACUGCAGCCCGCCCUAAAAACGGCCCGCCGGUGACGUAUCGUGAGGCUCGUGGCCCUCGCGUUCUGGGAUUCCGGGUCAUCUGCGAGUCCAGCCUGGGAGGCCAUCGCCGCGCUGCCGGGCCGGAGCGGUACCUGCACGGGACAUUGUCGCGCCUCGUCCGGCCGCCAAGGUGUUGUCUCACGCCGCUUGACCACAGAACGAACAUCAAACCGCCGUCCAGCCUGCAGACGGGUGCUGCUGCUGAUCAGCCCCCAAAACCACCCAACAUUCCUCCUCCAACAUCGACCCGGCUCCCUUCCAACAUCCCCCUUCGCCCCCUCCCUUCGCGCGCCGACGGCGACAGGGACCGAGACGACUACGACUCGCAGUCGGCAUCCCUCCUCUCCGCCAGGGGAUACGGCGCCCCUCCCCACCGCCCGUCGUCCGAGUCCGAGACAUCGUCCUGGACCGACACUGGCGACAUUGGCGACCAGUACGGCGACGACACCGACCCGGUCCGCAUCCAGCUGCCCGCCGACAUUGAGGACGAGCUGCUCGCCAGCGUCCAGCGCCGCCAGUCGAAGCCGCACUACAAGCAGCACAAGAAG